UCGCGGGGCUCGCUCCCAAGACCGACUUCAUCAAAAUCAUCUAUGACGGACUUCCGGGCGGCGCGGACAAGCUUCCCCACGAGGCGCUGUCCCGCGCGGUACGGGCGGCGCAUGAUCACGGCAAGCGAGUCAUGGUGCACGUCCGGUCCAAGAAUGACCUCGUGGAAGCUGUUGAGGCGGGAGCAGACUGUAUCGAGCACAUCUUCCAGCCAGAGACUCCGGAGAGCCUCAGAGAAGCCGAGGACGCGGCCGACCUGAUGGCCAAGCACGGAGUUUUUUGGUGCCCGACGCUCACCACCUACGAGCAGAUCAGCAGCGCCGGGUCGAUCCCAUACCUCGAGCGCCUGCUCGAAGACGGCAUCAUCACAGCUGCCGAGAUGACCGCCACACGCGCCAAUCCCUUCUAUCACCAGGGCUUCCCCCGUGUGUCAGCCGGCGAAGCGCUCGCUCGCCUCGACUACGGCACCAAGACGCUCCGCCUCUUCGCAGACCGCGGUGUCCGGAUCGUUGCCGGCAGUGAUGUUGCCAUCGCGAUGUCGAGACCCGGCGCCUUGCUGCGUGAAUUGCAGUUAUUCGUCCAGGCGGGCCUGGAUGCGGCCGCAGUGAUCAGGUCAGCCACCGUGAACGCGGCAGAUCGGCUGGGACUGCCGACUGAGGGAAGUGACUUUCGUGCCGGCGCCGUUGCGGAUGCGAUCCUCGUCAACGCAAACCCUCUGGCGUCCAUUGACGCCUUGGUGCGUUCGAGGCACAUUGUGAAAGUGUUCAAGGCGGGCGUCCCCGUUGAUCGAGUUUGAUUCUUGCUAAAAGCUCCACAGCACGGGACUCUACAAGUCAUUGGGGUCUAGGGAGAGCACAAUAGUAUCAUUUGAAACCGAA